GCCAGCAGCGAGAGAGCGAGCGACAAGGCUGUCCGAUUACUGAUAGCGCACGCGCCCGCACACUCACGGUAGCUGCGCUCGACGGCGGCUGCUUCUUGUGGUCUGUGCUUGCCUUGCCUAAGUUCGCUCGCUGCCGUGAGUGAGUUACCCGUUUGCCGUGUCUUUGAUCAACACGCUGCGUGCUAGCUUCGCUCGUCAUCAACCCGUGCCGUUCUCCUGCGCUGCGAGUCCAUAUUGUCUGCGAUUGAACACCUGCCUGGCGAUUCCCGUGUCAGUGCACCGCAGUCAGUCUCUGUACGUGCGAGAGUUUGUGUUUCCGUAUCGCGCGGUGCGUAUGCACACGUCUUGGUUGGGACGGGAGAGCUACUACCGCCACUACACGGGAUAUUACUGGAUUGAUUGUACGCACGGCCUUCAUCUAUCUAAUUGCGACCUCUAGCUAUCGCGUUUCCAAGAACAACGGCAGUGCGGAGAACUAGAGUCGGGAGAACAAGAGGCUUGGUGUUACUCCGCUAUACGCCGUGUUGAUGUCGGACGCUGCUGUGUGAUAUAUACGCAUAAUCCGCCUCUCUGCUAAACUUCCUCCCCCUAUAUACAGACGGCUCGCAGGUAGACAAACGGCCAUGGCGCUGGAUCACUACGAACAAGACGAGCGAAUCGAUGACGCCGAUGACUUGCGAGCGACGAUGCCAUCGGAACCUCUUCAUCCUGCUCCGCCUCCGCAGCAGCAGCAGCAGCAGAAGCGGAAGUUGUGCGCCGUCGACUGGACGGACGCCCACUCGCAGCCUCCCGCCAAGAUUGCGGCAGCGGCGGCGCCGGCGGGAGCGGCGGGAAUUCCGCGCGGAAGUGCGACGCGUGAGGAGCGUAAGCAGGUGCUGAAGAUGUCCAUCGGCAAGCUGCGGCAGAUCGACGACCCGGAGGUGUUCCUGCGUCGCAGCGUGCUCAUUCACAACACGAUGCAGAAGCUGCAGCGCGAGGUGAAGGAGGAGAAACAGCAGCAGCGACAGCAGCAGCAGCAGCAGCAGCAGCAGCAGGAAAGCACGAGUAGCACCGGUGACGCCUCCAUGCCGCAGCAGCAGCAUCAGCAGCCAUCACGCUGCUGCGAACAUUACACGCGCUGCGACGUGUCGACGGACGGCAGCGCGUGUCUCGCGAGAACGGAGAGCUCUAGUCCGCGCUGCGCGCUGCCGCCGACGACGACGAUGACGAUGACGACGGACUUGCGCGUGGUGGAGAGUGUCGUGCCGCCCGCGGACUGUGAUACGGCAGCGGACGACCUGUGCGCCGUCGGCGACAUUCCAGACGACUAUGAUGCCGACGAGAGCGCGACGUCAGCCGACGAGUUUGCUGACAUCAGCGGCGACGAAUUCGGCAGCAUCAUCUACUCGCUUUAGUUACCGCCGCCGCCGCCGCUGCUGCCGUCACUGCUCAACGUGGAGAUAACUGCCUCCCGGGGAAAGCGUCAUGAACUUGAUUUCGGUUGCUGGGUUUUUCGGAUGGGAUGCGAGCGUGUGUGAUAUGUGAAUGAUGAGUGAAAGAUGGGCAGAAGAAUAGAGAGGGAGAGAGAGAGAGAGAGAGAGAGAGAGAGAGAGAGAGAGAGAGAGAGAGAGAGAGAGAG